AUGAGUGCUAUCCAUGCCACGACCGAGUCCGCCUACCAGCUCGUCUCCGGGAAGGACUUCAACCCUAAGAGUUCAGCGGUGUUGCAGCAGCAUCUGGGCGAUCUUAUCGCCAUCAACCACGGUCUGCUAGUGUCGCUCGGCGUUUCGCAUCCGAAGAUCGAGCGCACGUGCGCUCUCGUCGACGGCCUUGACGUCGGCUGGACGAAGAUUACCGGCGCUGGUGGCGGUGGAGGCUGCGCCAUCGUCAUGCUCAAACCCCAAAUCGGAACAGCCCGGAAGAACCAGUCCGUCGUCUCGGCUGGCGUUGCGGACGAAUUGGGCCCUGCAGAGCCGAAUUCGUCCGCACAGAAGCUGCUGGACUUGGAGAGGAUGCUGGCUGAUGAGGGGAUCGAGAUGGUUGAAACAAAGCUCGCAGGUGAUGGUGUUGGGGUGCUGUGGCCGGCUGUUCUGUGCAAUGCCUCCGGCGCAGAGGGCGAUUUUGAAGUUGACCAGGAAAGUUUCUUGAGAUUGGAGGGUAAAGAGGCUAUUGAAGAUUUGGUUGGCAUCAACGUGGUGAUUCCUGAUAGCCCGGGAACAGCAGGACAGAGGAAUGGCUGGAGAUUCUGGAGACGGUGA